ACCGUGACCUCCUGGUUCAUAGGUUGACGCUUAACCCCUGAGCCACACCAGCUGGGCUCCUGGCAUCUCUUCGUGGCUGUGGCUUCCACGCAGGGAAGGGGAGGGGCCGCUGCUAAGGCCACAGAAAAGGGGGGGGCUCCUUUUCUGCCCCCCACCCCCAGGCACCCAGAGCAGAAAGAUGAGGCAUCGCCUAUGCUUUUUCCUUGAUGUCCAUGCCUUUUAUUCAUUCCCGCCGUUCUGAACUUGAGUUUUUUCUAAAUGGUGUAGGAAGUGGGCUUCUGGCGGUCGCUCCUGACCCCUGCACUGAGCCCGCUUUUCCCUGCGAAGCUCGGGCACCAGAGCCUGGGCAGAGGGGAGGCAAACCCUCGUGGGGUGAGGGCAGGGCUGGAGGCCAGGCCAGGCCCCUGAGCAGGGUGGGCAUGGCCCCAAAUUUCAGGCCCUGCAGCAGAAGAACGUGGAGUGUGCCCGUGUGUACGCGGAGAAUGCCAUUCGCAAGAAGAAUGAGGGUGUGAACUGGCUGCGCAUGGCGUCUCGCGUGGACGCAGUGGCCUCCAAGGUGCAGACAGCUGUGACCAUGAAGGGGGUGACCAAGAACAUGGCGCAGGUGACCAAAGCCCUGGACCGAGCGCUGAGCAGCAUGGACCUGCAGAAGGUGUCUGCGGUGAUGGACAGGUUCGAGCAGCAGGUGCAGAACCUGGACGUGCACACCUCGGUGAUGGAGGACUCCAUGAGCUCGGCCACCACGCUGACCACGCCACAGGAGCAGGUGGACAGCCUCAUCGUGCAGAUCGCGGAGGAGAACGGCCUGGAGGUGCUGGACCAGCUCAGCCAGCUGCCCGAAGGCGCGUCUGCCGUGGGCGAGAGCUCCGUGCGCAGCCAGGAGGACCAGCUGUCGCGCAGGUGGGUGAUGGCUCGAGCUCUGCGGCUGCCUGUGAGGCAAGGGGGCAGGCUCUGGGCUGGCGGCGACUGGGGGACAGGGUGUGACGUGCGGCUUCGGCUGCGGGGCCCCGGUCCUUCUGAGGAGAUGCCCGGUUCAGAACCCCCCCACCCCCACCCCCACCCCACCCCGCAGCACGAUGCAGGCACCGAGGGAGGUGGCUCCUGCCCAGCUUCCUAA